AUGGCGCUGCACGCGUUGUGCGAAUACAUCCGGCGCCACAAAGCCGAGGGCACGCCUGUAGUGCUAAUAUCCCUGGACUUCCGGGGCGCCUUCGACAGCGUGUGGCACCCCAUCGUGCUCAAAUACUUCAGGGACCGCGGCUGUCCGACCAACCUAGUCGGUCUGCUCAGAUCAUUUCUCGCGGGCCGCACCGUCGAAUACACGUCGCAUGCCGGUUCGGUUUCGGCCGAGACGUCGAUCGGCAGUCCGCAGGGGUCGCCCGUCUCCCCGCUCCUAUGGAACGUGGUUGUGGACGGGCUCCUCCGGUUGCCGAUGCCGCCCGGGGUGCGAGUACAGGCUUAUGCCGAUGACACCAUUGUACUCGUGCCGGGGAAGAACAGGGCGCGCGUCAUGGAGGCCGCGACGGAGGCGAUACGUCGCAUCGAGCAGUGGACCACCGACUGCAAGCUCGCGCUCAAUGGUGAUAAAACAUUCUGUGUCCUCUUCUCCUUCGGGAAGGGGGGCAUGGAAAAGAGCCACCCGACCAUCCGGUUGCGGGGCAGUACGAGGGGGCUGCCAUUUCGCUCGUCGGUGAAGCUCCUGGGCGUCGUGGUGGACAGGCGCCUGUCCUUUUUCGAGCACGCCGAGCACCUGCAGCGGAAGGCGGAGACGCUCGCCAUCAAGUCUCUGUCCUUCAUGCGCAUGCACACCGCCGUGGACUCCGCCCUGCGGCGCCGCCUAUACCGACAGGUGCUCCUGCCGGCGGUGGCGUAUGCGUCCCCCAUAUGGUGGUCGUCGUCGCCCGAUUGCCGGCUUAAGGCCCGCAUGACCACGGUGCAGCGCACCAUAUUACUUGCGAUCACGGGGGCGUAUCGCACCACACGGACGGCUGCGCUGCAGGUGCUCGCCAACCAGCCGCCCAUCGGGCUGGAGCUCGACAGACUGAACGCGGAAUUCUCCCUGUUCCGCAUGCGCCGCGCGGUCACGUUCGGGACGCACACCAUCGCGCCCGACGAGGUACAGUACCCACACGAUGUCUGGGGCGCCCACCCAUCAGAGGCGCACGGAUAUCCCUUCGCGCGACUUGAGGUCGCGGCGGCUCGCGAGUGGUCGUCGGCGCCGGGCACACACGUAUACACCGACGGAUCCUACACGUCGCGGUCCGCGGGCGCGGCGGUGGUGGUGUUGAGGCCGCGGGGUUCGAUAGUCGCCGUCAAAAAAUUCCGCCUCACGAUCGCCUCGAGCGCCUAUUGCGCCGAGGUGAUAGCGCUCGCCGAGGCUCUCAAUUAUUUAGAGACGCACGCGUGGGAGCCUCCGGCGCACAUUUACGCAGAUAAUCUGUCGCUGCUCGCCGCGCUGAGCAGCGUAAUUACUCGAGACGCGCGCGUAGCGAGCAUUAAGGGAGCGCUGGACCGUCUGCAGAGACGGGGCGCCUUGUUAUUAUUCCAUGUGCCCGCCCAUCGAGGCAUCUUUGGAAACGAGUUGGCAGACAUGGCGGCGGGUUCUGCGGCGACCUCGGGCGUGGACCGAAGGUCGCACCGGUCCUUCCGGGUAGUGAGGGCCGCGUUCUCGGCCACCGUGCGGGCGCGAUGGGCCGUGGAGUGGCGUGGGGAGCACUCCGACACCGAACUUUUCAAGUGGGUGCCGGACAUCGCUCAAAUACCGCGGGACUUUCCGCCGCCUCGGCGGCUGGCCUGUCUCCUCACCGCCCAUGGAAGAUUUCCAUAUUACUUCCAGCGCUUCCGCAUCUCGCAGGACGCGCGCUGCCCUUGCGGGGCGCCCUGCCGAGACGCGCGGCACUUUUUUGACAGCUGCGCGUUGACGGCCGACGUCGUAGCGCGGAUACGGGAGUCCGGCGGUUCUCUCGCGACGGGCGAUUACCCGCGCCUCCUCAGAAACAGGACGGCUUGCUCGCUACUGGCGGAGAUGGCAGGGAUCGUGAGCGAUCGUAUGCCCGACCAAGGCGGGGUCGGGGUGGCGCCGGACGGGUGGUAG